GGAAACUGACAUGAGAACUUAACGCUUUAUUGCGAAACUCGUCUGGUGUGAUGUUAUGAUCAUUCUGGCUUCACGUUCAAGCUUACAGUGAACGGAAUAGCAGCGGGUUGUGAUCGGAGAUUUCGAGUGUCUGCUUUGGUGCUCAGUCUUAAUGGGCGAGUCAGGGACACGCCGCUCCACCCUGGUUUCCAGGCUUCCCAUCUUCAGACGUAGUGUGAGCAAGAGACAGGACUCACUCCCUUCCUCACCCUCCUCCGGCGGGAUCGGCAAUGGCGUCCACACUUCCUCUCCGUCCAGCACCAAUUCCAGCUCCAGCAGCACAAGCAAACGGCGCAGCCUGUUCCGUACACCCUCCCUCAGCUUCCACAGCAAGCGGAACAGUGAUCCCACCCAACUCAACCUGGAAAAUCACAGCCAGGGAUGUGAGGUGGUCUUCCGAGACCACAAUUCAAAGACGCGACAUUCUUUCGGAUUUGGAGGACACAAGAAGAAGAUCAACCGGUCUCAGGCAGAAGACCUUGAGAAGGCCUCCACUAAUCGCAGUGUGUUCAUGAACUGCAUCAGCUCACGGACAAACGAGGGAGACGAUUCCGGUUUCCUUGAUGACGUGAGCAGCAAGAAGUCUUCCCGGCAUAAGAAGCAGUUGCUGCCCAAGUCCUUCUCAGCCCAUCAACGGUUUAAGACCUCUACCAAUAUCACAGAACAGGGUAAAGGUCAGGAGGAUGUGGAAGAGCCUCCUAAAACUGGAACCCCAGGUUCCUGGCCUGGAGAGUUGGCUGAGAGUUCUCUGCAGUCGCCUAUGAUUUCUGAGGAUCGUACCACAGCAAUCACACCCUCAGAUUUUGUUCCUGUCACUGAAGACUCCGCCUCAGAAGUGGAUGCGCUACCAGCACCCAGUCCAGCUGCUCCUCUGGAAAACGUCAGCCAAGCUGUUUCUACCUCACAGGUGUCCAUUAACUCAGCCCAAGUCACCACGGAGAAUCCUGUACUGCCAGAUACCAGCCACACAGCCAACACCCAGUGUGAGAGCACCACUGCCCAAACAGAGCCGGUUGCACUGAUGACAGUUAAAGAGCUGAACCCCAACCCUGAUCAAUCAGAGGCCAGUGAGAAUGAACAUGCUCAAGAACUUAGUGAGGACAGCAGCUCCAAUCUAGAGGCCUGUGACAGGAUGUCUAGGUAUGCUGUUCUUAAACAGCAGGCUGGAAAACCAUCUGGCCACAGCAAACUUGAGACGAGGCCAAUUCACCUGAGAAAGCCGCACACAGUGUCCAUGUGCAGCAGUAUGAGCCCGUACCAUGAGGUGAUGCGUUUGGAGAGACGUUUACGUUCGGCCUCUGAAGGUGCAGGAGGACCCAGACUUCACCUCAACCUCAGGGAUCCUCUCUGCAUGGAGGGAAACCCUUUAUCCAAACAAAGAACCAGUUCCUCAUCUUCCAAACUGGGUAGUCUGGAUGUUUUGAAUAAUCUUGGCUCAUCAGAGCUGGAUGAAGAUGACCUGAUGCUGGAUCUUGACCUCUCGGAUGACCAGCGACCUCACCAUGCUUCACGGGAGAAUUCCAGUCAAUCCCUUGUGUCAUGUCUAAACUUGCUGCAUUCACCCCUGGAGGCCCACAUGGAGCGAACCCCUGGAAGAGAGCCCCCCCACAGGGAGCAGCGGCCGAUGUCCCUCUGUCUGUCUCGUGACGAUGAGCCAUUGCCUGGGCUGGAAGCUUUACCAUUCAGGCUGAUGCAACAGGACUGCACAGCAGUAAAGACUCUGCUGCUCCGGUUACGGAGGACUCUGCAGGAGAGUACUGAGACCAGCCCUGCCAGCAGCCUUUAUUCUCUCCCCAUAAGCCCCUGCAGUGAGAAGUCACUUCUCUUUAAGGAUCCUGGGAGAGAAGAAAACCAGUUCCUGCAUCAGCAGCUGAAGGAGAAAGAUGAACUGAUUCUUCGACUGCAGGCAGAGCUGGACACCGCCCGUGCUACUCCGAAAUCUCUUUGCCAAAAAGCUGACAAAACCACUCAGACAGAUUUCUUAUUUUCAGAGGCCAGUCAUCCAAGUCAACCCAACGGCCAAAACGGCAACAUUCCCAGCAGCAACAACAGCCUCACAAGGGAGCGAAGGCCAGUGCGACAGCUCUCUACAGACCAGCACAGUCGACUCACGCCAGAGCUGGCAGCGGUUUGUGAGGACCGGGCUUGCUGCAAUUCGUCCAUGUGCCAUGGUGGGGGAGGGCUGCGAGAGCCAGUGCCAAGAGCUGCUGAAGGUGGGCUGCCGACAUUGGAGAUACCUGGACCUCGAAAGAUGGAGCACAUGGGGCCAUCACUGAUCCCUCGAGUAUUGGCCGGCAGUAGUAUGAGCCUCCCCAGCAAGGCCAGUCCCUCACGUAGCCUGUCCUCAGACAGUGAGAGAGGGCCCCGCAGUGAGCGAGGCGCUCUGCCCAGGCUUCAGUCGUCCUUCACUGGCCGUCUGGGCCAGCCGCCCCGUGGGCCUCUAUCUUUACAUAUGUACAGCCGAAAGAACGUCUUCCUACAGCACUCACUCCAUACAGCCGAACUACAGGCUCUUGCUCAGCAGGAUGGCUGAGAAUACACACUUGAAACGCUUAUAUACACACAUGCAUACUGAAAAGUAAAACAUGUCUCAGAUGAUAUGGAUUCAACAUGAACUCAACCUUGGUGCAGUUUCUUAGUGACCACGAGUACCUCCAGACCCACUUGUACUCCAUUAUUAUUUUUCCUGCACAGUAUAAACUAUGUUUCAUCUUAAAGGGACAGUUCACCCAAAAAUUAAAAGUCUUUUAUUUACUCACUUUUAUGUUUUUCAAAACCCAUAUGACUGACUUUCUUCCAUGGAACACUUAAAGGGAUAGUUUACCCAUACAAUUGUAUUCUCUCAUCAUUUACUCACCCUCAUACCAUCACAGAUGUGUAUUACUUUUUUGUUCUGCUGAACACAUACGAAGAUUUUUAGAAAAAAUCUCAGCUCUGUAGGUCAAUACAUUGCAUGUGAUUUGUGACCAGAACUUAGAAGAUCCUAAAAGCACAAAGGCAGCAUACAAGUUAUCCAUACAACUCAAGUGGUUAAAUCUAUGUCUUCAAAAGCGAAUUUAUAGGUUUGGGUGAGAAAUAGAUAAGUAUUUUAAGUCCUAUUUUACUAUAAAUUCUCCUCCCUGCCUAGUAGGUAGUGAUAUGCACAAAUAAUGUGAAUUGCCAAAAACAAAACAAGAAGAAUGUGAAAGUUGAGAUUUAUAGUAAAACAGGGCAUAAAUAUGUGUUUUUCACCCACACCUAUCAUAUCGCUUAUACAAGUCAUAUGGAUUACUUUUGUGCUGCCUUUCGGUGCUUUUUGGACCUUCAAAGCUCUAGCCACCAUUCACGUGCAUUGUAUGGACCUACCAAAAAAAACUUUGUUCAGCAGAAGAAAGUCAUACACAUCUAGGAUGGCAUAAAGGGUGAGUAAAUGAUGAUAGACUUUUAAUUUUUGGGUGAACUAUUCCCUUAAGAUGUUAAGAUCUCAGUCAACAUUCACUUUCAUCAAAAAAGAUGCAAUACAAGUAAAUUGUGACUCAGGCUAACGUUCUGCCUAACAUCAUCUGUUGUGUUCAAUGGAAGAAAGUAAGUCAUAUGGUUUGGAACAACUUAAGAGUGAGUAAAUGAUUUUAAUUUUUCCUUUUUGGGUGAACUAUUCCUUUAAACCUUAACAAGACUUGAAUCACACACACAAAGACUCUACUUAUUAUUUUCUAAACUCUUCAUCAUUAUUAAGUGUCAAACUCAAACCCUUCGUCUGCACUACUUGAGCAUUUUUUGAAGAAAUAGUACAUGCUGCUCUAAUAGGUACAUUAGAUAGACCAUCCACUAAUGUGACUGUUUCACUCAAAACACCUCACACUCAAAGUUCCACGUUAUGUGCAAACAGGAUGUCAACAUUUGUCCUUUACAAUACAUUUUCCUCUAGACUCAUAAUUAUAGACUCGCUUGUUAGAUUUAGCCUAAUUAGUUGUAAAGUUUAUAACAUAACAAUUUGCCCUCCGCAUUAUUUUGCACCAGCAAACAUGACACUGAAGACAUAUGCAUAUAUUGCCAAAACAAUCCUCUGUCGGAGAGUGCUUUAAAACUCUUGCAGCCAGUAAGAAUUGCCCAUGUGUUCUCUGAGCCCUUUUAGGGAGUUUAACACUCAUUAGCCUCUUCUAAUUGCAUGCUGCUGCUUUUUCUGUUUCUUUUUGCCGCAAACAAAAAUGGAAGAAAUAAGAUGCUAAGAAAUUUUUUAAAAAACAGAUUGUAAGCUAUAAAAAAAAAAAAAGGAUUCAGCGAUAGAGCCUCAAGUACUAAACACUACCGUCUUUGCUGGAGUUGGACACUAGUUCAAGACAGAUGAAUCUUAAAGGGAUAGUUUACCAAAAAGUGAAUUCUGACAUUAUUUACCCACCCUCAUGUUAUUCCAAACACAUAUCACUUUUUUUUUUCUUCCAUGGAACACAAAAAAAGAUGCUAGGCAAAAUGUUAAAGACUGACACAGCCCAAUCUCAAAGAAUUACAUUACUAUACCUGCUAAAUAAUUGUUACAUGGCUCGCACACUGUUCACACAAAUAUCAUGUCUUAUACCGUGUAAGGGAAAUUAUGACUUGGCUCUAGGUUAGCUAUACAGCAAAUUGGAUUCUACUCUGUACUUCUUAGUGCACACAAAUCUGUACUUUUGUACAGUACAUUCUGAAGCCAUUUAAGAAUGGCUUAAAUUUAACAGGCUCCAAGUUCAACAGAGUUAACACCAAUUACCCUUGUGGUGACUUCACACAAAUUACAACAAUCAACCAGCUACAACAAAACAACAACAGUAGUCAUAAGAAUUAAAACUAGAUACAUUUUUAAAUAAUUAUUAUUUUUCUACAUCAGCUCCCUUGUUUUGACCAAACAUACAUAAUUUAUUCAAGCGCAAGGGCUUAUGGGUAUUCCACACUGAGUUAUGAUUCCAAAAUGUGAUAUUCAAGGUACUGUUUAAUUAGGACCACUAAUAUGUUUUUAUUAAUGACCGCUUUAGGGUUUAGAAAGUAACAGUUACUUAAUUAAUACUAGUAAGAAUAGUAAACAAUUAAGCUUAUAUUGAGUAAACUAUUAUUUUACAAUUUCAGAUAACUAUUAGUAGUAACUUUUACUAUAACACAUGACUUGUAACAGGCUUGUUCGGGUCCAAUUAAAUUGCACGGUAGCUCAACUUGCGAUACAAAGGGUACGAGUCCAGAAGAGCACGAGUUAACACUUUAGCCGAAAGUGUCAGAGAAGCAUCACAUUUGCUUUCGGCACAUCGGUUAAGCUUUAGGGUAGGAGGGUAGGAAGGUAGGUUUUGUUUAUUUUAAAACUUGAUAGUUUAAAUUUAGAAAAAAAAUAGCAGUCAACAUUCUUCAAAAUUUCCCUUAUGUUCCAAGGAAGAAAGAAAAUGUAGUGUUUUAGAACACCAUGAGGGUGUGUAAAUGAUGCCAUCAUUUUCAUUUUUGGAUGAACUGUCCCUUUAAAGGCAGCUAAAUGGAAAACUCCCUGCAGUGAAUUAACUACAUUGUUACAUUUACAUCUGGAAAAGCAUAUAGGCUUUAAUUUUUGAUAAAAAAAAAAUAGAAGGCAAAUACAAUUUAAUAAUACACGUUGAUAAUUUCGUAAAUGUAAUUACUAAUGUAAAACUGCCAUAGACUGUCUUUUAUGGAGAUCAUGUGCACUCUGAGGAGAGGAGGUUGAAAGAAGGAAUGGCCUCAUUUUUACAGCAUUGGGACAACAUUGGUUUAACGUUGGGAUAGUGUUGACCCGGCUUUGCGGAUCAGGAGCUCGUGCAAGGACGCAUGGAGGAGAAGGAAACCCUGAAGAGAAACGGUCCAAUCCAUCCAGCAGGUCUGCUCCCCGAGGUCCAAUGCUCCAAUUUCAGCAAUCUGUUGGGAGCACCAUCACUUUCUGUCUCUCUCUCUAUACAUCUUCCUCCCAGACCUACUUCCAGCUCUUUGUGAUCAGGCCCAGGGAAAGAAAGGCGCAUUCUCACCAUUACAUACACUGUUAUUGAUAUCACACCCCCCAGACUGGAACGUGUUUGUAUUGAGUUAUUUCAGAAUGACCUUAUGAGAGCAGACACUGCUGUUCAGUCUUUGAGACAAUUCAACCCUCGAUCACUGCUGUCAGCAGUCCUGUUUAAAUUCUGUAAGGGCACCAGUCUGUGACUGUUGAAUGUUAAAGGGUCAGUUAAAAGUCAUAAUUUACUCACCCUCAUGCCAUCCUAUACUCAUAAGACUUUCCUUUUUACGUGAAACACAAAAGAUGCAGGGCUGAAUGUUAGGAACUGAAAGCCUCCGUCAUCUUUCACUUUCAUUUUUGUGUUCCAAGUAAGAAAGAUAGUCAUCACAUUUGGUAAAACAGGAGGGUUGAGCAAAUGAUUACAGAACUUUAUGUUUGAGGUGAACUGUUCCUUUUAUUUUUAUUUUUUAUUAUUAUUUUUUUUAGAGAGGGAAGAAUUUAUUUAUUAUUCUUGACCACACAUUUGAGACAUGAUGCUUGAAGGAUGUUAAAUUGACUUGAAUAUGGGAGAUCAUGAAUACAUGCAAGAACAGAACUCAUGAAUAUCUACAAAUGUCAAUAAGUGACUCAACCAUCAACAUGACUGUAUGUGCCGUCACAUUUCUAAACUGAACCCUUCAAUGUUGAAUAGAUAUUUAUUUGAUAUUAUGAACUGACUAUCACCUGAGGCUAUUCUUUUGUCUGUCUGGGCUCUUUGUAUCAACAUACAAUUGUCUACAUUCGGAUACUGGUAACAUGUCACAAUCGUCUCACUGUACAUCACUUUGAAAUGUUGAAUUUCUUGUUUUUCUUAAAAUCUACAGGGUUUGCAUAAAAUGGCACUUUUAAGAGAUUUAAACCAUAAGAUUUGAAAUAACCUUUAACUGUAUCUUUUCUCUUACCGGUGGUUUUCUUGAUGAGGUUAUGAUUUUCAUUGAAUGUAAUUUAUUUACUCUCAUUAAAGAGAUAUUUAAAGAAUUGACUAGUAAAGUAACACACGUAAGGCCUUGUGUUUUUUGUUAGUUGUUAGUCUUUAUUUUUUUACAUUAAAGGGAUUGUUCACCCAAAAUAAUUAUUAUUUCACAAUUUACUGAUGCUCAUGCCAUCCCAGAUGUGUAUGACUUUCUUUUUUCUGCAGAACAAAAGCAUUGAUUUUUUUUAGAAGAAUAUCUCAUCUCUGUAGGUCCAUACAAUGAAAAGUGAAUGGUGACCAAAAUGUUUAAGCUCUGAAAAAAUAACAUAUAGGCAGCAUAAAAGUAAUCCAUAUGACUCCAGUGGGUACAUCUAUGCACAGAGGUGUGUUUCUCUGUCACUGCUCAUCUGUGAUUUAAUGAAAUUUAUGUGGUUACCUAUGAAACCUGUAUGAACAUCUCAAUCAUCUUUAAAAAAAAAUUGUGCUUCCAAUGUUUCCAAAGUGCUUUUUUUCGAUUCUUUUUGAGUGUCCUUUUUUCAUACUGUUUCUUGAAGCUUUCAUUUUUAGUGCUCUUGGACCUUAUUCAGAGUAGUGCCAUUUUUGAUGUGAAUGAAAACAAGGCUGUGAGGGAUAGUUCUUGUUAAUGGGUUGUACAAAUUGUGAAAUCUAGAUGUGAUCUAGGACUUUUUACCAGUGUAUGACAUUGAAGAUUGAGGUGGACCAAUAUUGGAUUUUUCAAAUAAAGAUAAC